AUGUUUCUUUUCCCUUCUUUCAUUCAUUCUUUUAUUUUUUCUUUCUUUCUUUUCUUCUUUCUUUCUUUCUUUCUUUCUUCGUUUCACUAUAUUUCUUUUUUUGGCUUCUUCCUUUUCAGUCGUUGUUUCAUUCUUUCUAUCAUUCUUUCUUUCUUCCAACAUUCCGAAAAAAAAUUAUUUUUAACAAUAUAUUCCAUUCCUUCAUACUUUGCCAAAUUAUUUUAUCAAAUAUAUUUAUUCAAAUUUCCGUUCAUUCUUUCUUUCUUUCAUUGUUUCUUUCUUUCUUUCUUUUUUUCUUCUUUUCUUUCUUUCUUUCCUUCUUCAACCAGAUUAUUAGACAGAAUAUUUUUUUCAAUAGUUUCUUUCUUGAUUUCUUUCACCUUUCACCGUCUAUUUUAUUUUUCAUUUUUAUUAUUCCUCCCUAUUCAUUGCCUAUUUACAUUCUCGGUUUCAUACAUGUCUAUCUAUCUAUCUAUCUAUCUAUCUAUCUAUCAGUUUGGGUAUCUUUUCAGAUUUAUCUCUAUCUCUCUCCUUUUAUCUAUCUAUUUAUUUAUCUUUUCAGAUUUAUGUGAUCUAUCUAUCUAUCUAUCUAUCUAUCUAUCUAUCUAUCUAUCUAUCUAUCUAUCUAUCAGAUCUAUAUACCUAUCUAUCAAUUUGUUCGUCUUUUCAAAUCUAUCUAUCUAUCUAUCUAUCUAUCUAUCUAUCUAUCUAUCUAUCGAAAAUUUGGCCAAAAAUUUCGCGUAA